AUGAAAUUCUUUAAAAUAUGGAUUCCGGGCGCAAUUUCCUUUGAUAUAAUGACAACAUCAACAAAUAUUGAAUCUUUAACGAUAAGUGGUGAAUGUUCCAUCAGUAAAAUUAUGAAAUUAUUAAAACACAUACAAAAAGUCAAACAUUUAUCGAUUAGUGUUGAUAUGGAUAAUCAACAACCAAUCACCAAUUUACAACAUUUACAAUGUUUGACACAUCUUAUAUUUAAAAGUUUUCGUAUAUCGUUUGAACGGAUAAAAUUAAUAUUUCAUCACAUGCCAAAGCUUAAAAAACUAAAAUUUUCUGGAGCAUUAUUUAAAACACAAUUUUGGUAUGAUCAUAAAUGGUUUGUCACAUUUGAUUAUUGUCGAUUAUCAAACUAUAGAAAACUUCAUGUUUAUACAAUUUUACAUAAUGUUUUAUCCGUGCAUUUAACUUCAUUUGAUGUACAAACUUUCUCAUCAAUACCCAUUACAAGCGAUACAUUUGAGCAAGUUAAAGCAUUAGAUAUAACAUUGUGUGAUACAUCAUCAAAUUCUUUCUCAUCAUUUACACGUAUAUAUCCAAAUGUUACAUAUCUCACAUUUGGAUCGUCUGAGGAAAACAAUUUAACUAAUGAAGAUUGUUCAUUAUUUGUCGAAAAACUUUCAGAAGUAGUUAAUAUUUCUAACCUGAAAACUCUGAACAUUUGCGCUCAAGAUUAUCAUUUCUGUCAUAUAAUAUCACAAUUAUUCAUAAAAUUCAACAUGUCUAAUUUAGACUCAUUAUGUGUUACUUACGAUUUAUUUUUAGCCAUUACACAUCAUGUAUCACAACAGUGUUUGUUAUCUAUUGGAAGUAUAUCACUAACAGAUGUUGGUUCGUUCAAUAUUCGAUUAUUUAAAGAAUUGGUCAAUCAGACAUUUAUGAAUGUCAAAUAUUUAACAUUCCAGUUUACUACAUUUGAUAAUAUUUACAUUGUUUUAUCAUUAAUAUUAAGGAAAAUAAAAACGUUAAGUGCAUUAUCAAUUUUGUCGUUUAAAAGUAAUGCACCAUUUCAGUCGUGUCAUUUUCGAUAUUGGAUACACGAUUAUAUACAAUUAAAUCAUUUAGAAACAGAUUAUGAGUUGGAUGAUGACAAUGAUGGGUGUAUGUUUUACAUGAAGAUUGAGAAACAAAAAAAUACGAUUGUAAAAACUGUACUAUAA